CAGCGGUCAGCAGGCCGCCGUGUCCCUUGCCGUCCUGGGAGUGAUGCCAGAGGAGAGGUCGGGUCAGACCAAAGCCAGCGCCAUGAGCUACGGGGAGGCCCUCAAACAGCAGAUCCAGGAGAUCCGGGAGGGCAAGACGAGAGACCGCGAGGAGGCGGAGCGUUACCACGCCAAGCUCGAGGAGGAGAUGAGGGCCUACGAGCCCUGGGGCCGAGGGGGGGCCGGGGCCCCCAUCAGGGACAAGGGGGGGAACCUCAUCAGUGACCUGAAGAAAAUGCACAAAACCAAUGAGAACGCUUACAUCAACUCAGGGGGCGGGGCCAGGACGGAGGGGGCGGUGCCCUCCCCACAAGCCGCCUUCCCUCAGGACAAUGACGUCCCUCACAACCAAUCACAGCACCAGACAGCAGGGGUCACACCGCGAGAGGGGGCGCCCCACUUCGCCCGCAACAAGGUGUUCCCCGACGAGCCGCGCCCCCACAGGCUGCUGGAGCAGAAGGACUACCUCCACUGCCUGGAGCUGCAGAUGGAGGAGAAGAAGAGGAAGCAGGAGGAGGAGCGGGAGGAGGCGAGGAAGGAGGAGGAGCGCCUGGAGCACCGCAUGAAGGAGGAGCAGGCCCUCAUGAAGAGGGAGUUCCAGCAGGAGCAGGAGAAGAAGAGGAGGCAGAGGCUGGAG